UGCAGUCUAGCUGUGUGCUCUUCUUUCUUUACAUUUUAACAGCGAGUCGUGGCUGCCUCCCCCAUUACUUUGCAAAAUCACGUUCAGGGUUCUUUAUGGCGAGCCGCCCUUCCCCAGAUCAUUGAAUGCAGAGAGGCGGCUCGGGUGAAUUGUUACUGACACGGCCCCAGGACCAGGACAGUUGAAGUUUUCUGCACUUCCUAGACUUGCUGCUGUUCCUUCCUUCCGCUCGAUCUAAGGAAGCAGAAAUUUGGCAUUUAAAGGUAAAAUACCACUGUGGUUUCCGUGACAGGGUACAUUUCAUUCUUUUCGGUACUGGAUCAACAGAAUGGAAACUCUUGUAGACCCCAGAACUUCACCUUGCCGAGCAGAAAACUUGUUUUAAAAAGUCAUCAGCAGAAGUAUAAACGGGCUACAGAGGGUGGAACUGGAAACGGAAAAAUGUCAAUUUGGGCCUGGAGUUCGGUGGAAAUGAGGUCCAAGGCAGCCUGUGCAUGCUGAUAUGUCCCAUGGCUACCUCACAAACCUGCAAAUUGAACCUGGGCCUGUGACAGUGUGGAUGUUUCCCCUGGCUGAGGAGUCUUGAACCAGAAGAUCAGUCUUGGAAUAAGGGCUACCUUCACCCUCUUGGACCUGGGUUUGACGUCAGCACAAAUGGGUGGAAUAAGUGAAGUAAUCAACUGCAGAAGCCUUCAAUAAAGAGGGAGUGAAGGAGUCUCUUGUUUGCAGUGGAUAUCCAUGCAUCAGAACUUUCAAAACCGAUUAAUGGAGUGGCCGCCUUCAUUGUGAAUAAAACCAACCGGCUCCAAAGGAAACCUCAGUACCACUAUUAUUCUGUGACAUUUAACCAGCAACAAUGAGGCUGUUUUUUAGGAAACGGUUUGGUCCAGUGAAACUUGCUAUGGUCAGUAUAAUAUUUGUGAUAUUUUUAUUCAUACUCCAAAGAGAUGUUGUCAAACAAAGCCCAAAGGAUGAAUCUUGGCUUAAGGACUUAACAGGCAGGAAAGACAGAAUGUUAGGAAUUAUGUUUGGAGCUGUGAAUAAUAUCCGAGACUCGAUGCCCAAGUUUCAGAUCAUUGCUCCAGAUCGAGGCCAAGAGGUUGUUGAUGACAGCAGCAACUGUUUGCCAGGAUUUUACACUGCAGCGGAACUGAAGACUUUUCUUCCUCGCCCUCCUGAGGAUCCCAAUGCACCUGGUGCUGAUGCAAAGGCUUUCCAUACAGACAAUCUCUCCCCAGAACAGCAGAAGGAGAAAGAGCGUGGUUUUGAAAAGCAUUGUUUCAAUGCCUAUGCCAGUGACCGUAUCUCCUUGCACCGGAGCCUUGGACCAGACACACGACCUCCAGAGUGUAUUGAACAGCGAUUCAGGCGUUGCCCUCCUCUACCUUCAACCAGUGUGAUUAUAGUGUUCCACAAUGAGGCCUGGUCUACCUUGCUGAGGACUGUGUACAGUGUGAUGCAUACUUCCCCAGCCAUACUCCUGAAGGAAAUCCUAUUAGUGGAUGAUGCCAGCACAGAUGAUGCUUUAAAAGAACAACUGGAUGAAUACGUAAAGCAGUUCCGGAUAGUGAAAGUUCUCCGACAGGUGGAGAGGAAAGGGUUAAUAACUGCAAGGCUCUUGGGUGCCAGUGAGGCUACAGGAGAAGUACUAACCUUUCUUGAUGCUCACUGUGAGUGCUUUGGUGGCUGGUUGGAACCUUUGCUGGGAAGAAUAGCUGAAAAUUACACUGCUGUGGUGAGCCCUGACAUCACUACCAUUGACCUUAAUACAUUUGAGGUAUCCAAACCAGUCCAGUAUGAAAGACAUCACAACCGGGGUAACUUUGACUGGAGUUUGUCAUUUGGCUGGGAGGCUCUACCAUCUCAUGAAAUAGAAAGAAGAAAAGAUGAAACAUAUCCUAUCAAGACUCCCACGUUUGCUGGUGGCCUCUUUGCGAUCUCCAAAGCUUACUUUGAACUGAUUGGAACAUACGACAACCAGAUGGAGAUAUGGGGAGGAGAGAAUGUGGAAAUGUCAUUCAGGGUCUGGCAAUGUGGCGGGCAGUUGGAGAUCAUUCCCUGCUCAGUGGUGGGCCAUGUGUUCCGUACCAAGAGCCCACACAGCUUCCCAAAAGGUGUGCAGGUAAUUGCACGCAACCAAGUACGUCUGGCUGAGGUCUGGAUGGAUCACUACAAGGAGCUCUUUUACAGGAGGAACCAGCAGGCGGAGACGAUGGCCCGGGAGAAAACUUUUGGCGAUCUUUCAGAAAGGUUUCAGUUGAAAGAGCGUUUAAAGUGCAAGAACUUCACCUGGUAUCUGCAAAAUAUCUAUCCUGAAAUCUUUAUACCAGAUUUCUCUCCGAUACGUUACGGGGCGAUUAAAAACAGGGGAACUGGAAGCUGUUUGGAUGCAGGGGAAAACAAUCACGGUGGAAAACCUCUGAUAAUGUACCCAUGCCACGGAAUGGGAGGAAAUCAGUAUUUUGAAUAUACAACCCAGUCCGAAAUACGUCACAAUGUCGGCAAGCAGCUGUGUCUUCGUGCUAUGUAUGGCCAAGUUCUAUUACAGCAAUGUAAAUACACAGGGAAAGAUACCAAAGUGCCGGGAGACGAACACUGGGAAUUUUUAAAUAAUGGCCUGAUAAAAAAUUCUGCCAUUAAUCAGUGCUUGACUGCAUCAGGAAAGAACCCAUCCACCGUUCCGUGCAACCCUGCAGACCUCCACCAACAGUGGUCUUUCACCUAGUGAUGUUAAGAAGGAAGCUGCCUCCUGGGGAACUAUCAGAGUCAUUCUGAGUGGGGGAAAAUGCACCAGUUGUCAGAUUUAAAAGCUGGCCUCACCAUCAAAUCUUUUUGUAACUUUGAAUUUCAGUUUGGGUAUAGACUAAAUCAGAUUUCCUGAUUUGUUCCUGUUUUGUUUUUAAAAAAAAGAAAUCUCUUAAUUGAAUCGAAAGGAUCUCUGCUACAUUUUGAAAAGUUCUAUUCAAUUUUCUCUGGCCUUGCAGAGCUAUUCCCUUCUUUAAAAAAAAUUCCUGUAUCCUUCAAAUUUAUCUCUUCUACCCCUCCCCCCCCACCAGUAACCCAUCCCCUCACUCGUUGAAUACAUUGUUCAUUCAGAAAUCACAAUGCGUUUAUUUGUUAUAAUUCCCCACCCUCCAUGAUAUGAAACAUUUGUAAGAUGAAGUGUUAAUUCAGUUAGCAUUUAACAUAAAUUGGAUUUGGGAUAUCUACUGUUUUUAUUGUGUUUGUGAGAGCUGAUGCCAUUUGAUAGAUGCACUGGGGGACUAUUCCGAAUUGAUGCCUCCAACCUAUUCCUGAUUUAACUGUGGCUGAAGAGUCCUGCUGAGGUUUGAAAUUUCUCAAAUCUUGGAGUAGAGAAAGGAAUCAUUUAAAACGCAAUUCUUUUGGAUAUGAUGUUAAACAGAGGCCUCCUCUGCCCUCUUAGAUAGAUGUAGAAGAUCGCAUUGUUUGGUCAUUGAUCUCAUCAUUGUCUGUGGGAGCUUGCUACAUCAAAAUUGUCUGCAAAAUUUAUCUGUGUAACUGCAAUUAUUGCCAGUGAAAUGCUGUAUGCAGUGAAGUGAAAGGUGCUGUAUAAAUGCAAGCUUUCUCAUUCCGUUUGCAACUCUGAAGAGGCAUCGACAUUAUGAUUCCCAGCAUAUUGUUAAAAUCCAUAUUUUGAGCAGUUUGGCAUGGUUCAAUUAUGUGACAGGGACCUGAUAAGAUGGUAGGGAGCAGCUAUUUCUCUGUGAGGGCGGGAAAGGAAUUUCUCCUAAAGGAAGAGAUUGAGAAAGGAGUGGGGGAAGGGAAGGUUUCACUUCGGAAGACCUACAGUGUGGGCAAAGGGACAGUGCUGCUACAGGGGUUUUGGAGAACAUGGGGAACAUUGAAUCACCUUUAUCCAAGUGAAAUUAGUCUUUUUUUAAAUAUACUUUUUUCCUAUUAACACCACCUAUGAAUUUGCUGAAAGAUAAUGUAUCAAAUGGGAAGGAAAUAUUAAAUGGAUAAGUACAAUUGCUAAAUUUUGCCUUUGGUGUUCCACCCAGCUUUUGCUAAUAGACAGCUCCCUCCAGUAUUGUUCCUGGUGUCAAAUGUGGCUCUAGAUCACGAAUGACUUGAAGUGUAGGAACUGCAGCAUGAUGAUCUUCAGAUUGAUUGGUAAUAAAUCCCCUAUUAUUUGCACCAAAUAUGCUUCAGGGUAGCAGCUCCACAUUCUACUCUGCUUCUGAAAUUUGGUUCCAGUGAAGCCAGUACAGUGUGUUUAAUGCUGCUAUAUGAACAAAUUUCUUGGCAGUUAAGUCAUAUCCCGAAGGCAAAUUGUUUAUGCAAGUAUUUAACUUUGGUCAGCAACAGGGCAUGUUUGUAACAAAUGUUGUUAAACCAACACAAGUGUGCAUUUCUCUCAUAAAGAAUUUAGCUGCUUGUCUUCCCCUUUCCCCCACAACUUCCCCACCAAGAACAGUCCCAAAUUGAUGCUCAAUCUCCACUGAAUUAACUAAUUCCCAUAUGGGAUGGCAGGAGGAACACUACAGUUAAGUUAAAUGUUUUCAGCACUGGCACUAGUGAAAAGAACCUGCUAACAAUCAGCAUCAAGACUUGUGCAUGAAUAAUGACCACUUAGGCAAGAUGGCAGAGGGUGACUUGGUGCCAAAGAGCCAGUACCUUUCGAAGGGCAGGGGAGGACAUUUGCAAAUUAAAAUCCAACAAACGAGCAGAAUGGAACACAGAGCAACUUAGUUCAGUGUUGUUUUGAUUUGUACUUGAGCUCAGUUGACACUUGAUAAUGAAUGUAACCAAAUGUGAGGCAGCUUUAAUAAAUCAUCGUAGGUACAUUAGGAGCAAUGUCAUAUCAAAAGUACAGUACUGCUUUGAUACCUAGAUCACUCCCAUCCAGUUGGUCAUUGACUUGCAGAACUCUGGAACUGUCAAAAUAUGCUCUCUCUGGAAAGAGCAUUGAAAUCAAUGUUACGGGUAAACACAGGAGACUUCUUUUCGGUACGCUGUUUGCACCAAGCUGCAUUUCCACAGAUAAGCGACAUCAACAAAAAGUGGGUCUGCACAUUGGAAUUGUAUAACUUAAGAUAAUUUAUCAUGCUUAAAAUAGAUUGAACAUUGAGCUGUAUAUAUGUGUCAAGACACAGCCAAAAUGGAUUUUGGGUUCCUUUAUGGAAUAUCUAGUCCCUAAGCUGUAAUAAUUGCAGCUUCAGCCUUCUCUGAGUUGGUGGGUUGAAUUAUCAGACUACAUAUGACUCUUUUGAGUGUGGGUUCGGGAUUACCUAGUUUAAAUUUUGUCAUACUUUGGAAUUGAAGCAACAAAACCUGAAUUAUAUUUUUCUAAGCUUUUUUGAAUUUAUUAUAAUACUCUGACUUAGAGAAGUCUCUGCCUUGUGAUUGCACUUUUGCAUAUGUGCAAAGGUAUCCCACUAUUAAUCUAGCACCAAAGAAGCUCUUGUCCUCAUUUCACAGUGAUAAAGGUGAUCCUCUUGUACUACAGUAAAUUUAGUUACUCGCCCUGAGCUAACUAUGAUUCGUCCUAUAAUACUGCAAAUCACGAUCAAUUUAACCAUCUAUUCAAAGGCCUGUGAAUGUUCCAUUUAGACAUUCAGUUGUUUCAAGUUGGGCAGCCUACUACAUGUUUGUAUAGAAUAUUUGGUGGUGUUAUCAGGCAUCAAAUAGGAGUAAUACUUGUGUACCAGAUUCUGGCCUAUGUGCCCAGGAGAAUGCUACUUUUACACAACCACCACUACCCCACCCCCAUCUUGUGACUCCAGUUUUUAUCCUGAUUUAUUGAACCGAAUAUUGAUUUCCUGAAAAUUGAACAUGUGGUUUGAAUUCCAUUUCCUGAAUCUGAUAUCUACCUCCAUUGAAUUCUAACCCUGUAGUUCUGAAAAAUUCAUUCAAUACUUUACUACUUUCUUAACAAUUGUAUAAGCGUUUCAUCUUCUGUGUGUAGGCCGUUCUUUUAAAAUGCAGGAAAGAAGGUUAAUAAUUGUUAAAAAUUCAGUAAAUCCCUCCUGAGUCUUGCUGUAUUAAAGAAUGCCUCUGAAUUUUAAUGAAGCACGACAGUGUCUCUGUUUUUGUGAAUAAAUGCAUCACAUAUUUUGAUGCUGUGUCUUAAAGAUCAGGAAGGGCAAGAGUUCACUUCUCAAUCUGUGCUUUGUUAGCUAGGGCAACAGAUGGACCUCUACUAUUUAAUGUUUACUUUCAAGCAAAUGGGAAAAUCAGCUAAUAUUGUUGUUGGUCACUGAUGCCCUGGCCAAUAUUUAUCCCCUAAUGACAUCUAAAACAGGCUAUCUGGUCUUUUAUGGAACCUUGUUGUGUGCAAAUGAACUGCCACCUUCCUUGCAUUAUAACAAUGAUUACAAUUCAAAAAGUAAUUAGUUAGCAGUAAAGCACUUCUGACAUCCUGAGAUUGUGAAAGGCACUACAUAAAUAUUUGUUAUCUUUGUCCAUUAAGACCUACUCCAGUAAGUGAAGAUGUGGACUUGUACUAGGGGAAAUUGAAUUGCCCACUGACAUUUAUUGUGUAAGCUCACUAAAGCAUGACUGAGGGAGAGGGCCAUUGGUGCCCAUCAAUCCAGCACGAGUCACUGCUGGAUGAAGGAGAAAAAAAUUGGAGGAGGUAAAAAAAAAUGUCAGAAUUGAACUUUCUGUAAAAGGCAAUUUCUUUUGUUUGAAUUGUUCUAGUAAAUGUUUUCCACUUGGGCACUGCUGAGUGUUGUUUUGCCAGAUUUGAUUUCGAAUGACUUGCUAAAAUAAUAAAAUCAUGUUUGACUUGUGAAA